AUGUUCGUGGUUCGAAUAUCUUCUUUUGAGGAACGAAUUGCUCAAGGAAAAGAAGUACGAAAUAAAGGAGACUACCCAACAUUCAAUGAUGUUGAGAGCGAUUGGGAUUCGGAUAAAGAUAAGAAGGACAAAAAUAAGAACAAGGAAGGCAGUAAGAAAUCAGUAAAGGGUCAAAGUGAGGGCAAAGGAAAGUUAGCAAGUGUGAAGCAAACACAAACAAAUUCAGACAUUGUACCACCCACUUCUGUGACCGUUGAUCCUGCACAAGCAAAAGUUGCUGCUAGUGGUGGAAAGUGGAUGCAACAAAUAAACAAUCGAGGCGAUAAGAAGUUAAUAUUCAAGAUCCGGUGCUCAAACAAUAAUGCAUACCGUGUGAGUCCAGUAUUCGGAUUUAUCGACGCCUCUGGAAACACACAAAUCGAAGUAAUUCGAUUGAAUGGAGCUCCAAAAGAAGAUAAGCUGGUAGUCCAGUACGCUGUUGCUCCAGCAGAUGCCACCGAUGCUCAAACUGCAUUUGCUCAACUGCAACCGACUGGCAAUCUUGUUGUCAACGUUGUCGCAGCAUGA